AUGGAGGCCGCCGCCGCGCACCGGGCCCAGUGUCUCCGGGCGGAGGCGCGGGUCGCGGAGCCCCUGAUGCGCUGCUCCGGGGAGCUGGCACAGCACCGAGGCAGGCAGCCCACGAGGCUGGCCGCAGCCUUGGCGAGGGCGCUGGCCGAAAGCGCGGCCGCGGCUGGCGGCGGCCCUGGUGGGAGCGAGACGCCGUCCGAGGCCUGCGCGGAGGCGCUG